CCUGGGCAUAAUCCUCAGAGUGAGACCUCUUUCUUUUCCGACCCUCUCUGAUUGAAAUCAUUCCACUACGUCAGGUCGUCCGGUCCGUUCGGAGAAGAUGUCUGCGACGGGUUCAGGCGGACCAGGACCCGGACCAGGACCCGCCACGGGCUCCGGGUCCGGGGCCUCCAACCCCCGGAAGUUCAGCGAGAAGAUCGCCCUGCACACCCAGCGACAGGCCGAGGAGACAGCCGCCUUCCAGGAGGUUAUGAUGGACAUCACUUCGACUAGGAACCUGUGGUCGUCCCGGCAGCUGCAGGCCCAGAAGUUACGCCUGGCCCGGAACCAGGGGCCGUACUACGGCGGCUCCUUACCCAACGUCAACCAGAUCGGCCGCAACCCGCAGGACUUCCAGGGUUCGUUCCAGUCCGGCCUGGAGUCCAGCCGCUCCACUCGCCACCACGGCCUGGUGGAGCGGGUCCAGAGGGACCGCCGCUUCGUCUCGCCGGUCCGACCGUACCGGAACCGCCAAGUGGAAAACUCUCUGUACAGCGCCGCCUACCUGUCCCCGCCACCCGACGCCAGCUGGAGAAGGAACUGGUCUGGAAACUUCCCUGGAGAUAAAAGCCAGUUGUUCCGUCUUCCCACCACAGCGCUCAACAGGACCAACUCUGACUCCGCCCUCCACACGAGCGUCAUGAACCCCCCCAUGGGAGACUUCAGCAUGGCGGGACCCGCCCUGACCCCCCAGGGAGCCAGACGCAGCGGGCCGAGCGAUGCAGAGAACCGUAGAAUGUUCCCAUAUCCGGUUCCUCCCAUUGAGGAAAACGUUUUGGAUGAAGACAAACUGCUCAAAGCCUGGGACGCCAAGAAGCUGUCUCUGCCGUCGUCUCGACCAAAGUCUUGUGAGGUUCCAGGCAUCAACAUCUUCACGUCCCCGGAGCAACCGUCCACGCCGGUCCAAGGCGUCCCUCAGGUCCCCAACACCGGCGGCUCGCUGCCUGACCUGUCCAGCCUCCACUUCCCGUCGCCGCUGCCCACGCCGCUGGACCAGGACGAGCCCGGUUACCCAGCAUCCUCUGCUCUGAGCGGGGGCAGCAGCACCGGAAACCUGGCCUCCACCCUCACCCAGCUGGGUAUCAACGCCGCCAGAGGAAACAGCAGCUACCACCAGCCAGCACCAGGUCUCCUGGCGUCUCUACAGAGCACGCUCAGUAACCCCAACCUGCAGUCGUCGCUAAGCAACCCCAACAUCCAGUCGUCCCUCAGCAGCCACUCCUUCUCCAACUCUCUGAGCUCCGCCUCCCUCCACUCGUCGCUAAGCAACCCGUCUCUGCAGUCGUCGCUCAGCUCCUCCCCCUCCCUCAGCAGCCAAUCGCUGCACUCGUCCCUCAGUAACUCCUCCCUCCAGUCCAGCGGCUACGGGGGUGGAGGGGGCGUGUCCGGAUCUGGCUCCUCCCCCUACCCGGCGAUCCUGGCCGGGCAGGGCCAGGCGUCACUCAGCACGUCGCCACGGAGACGGGCCCAGCUGUCUCCGCUCAUCCUGCCGAUGGCGGGGGAGUCGCGGAGGAUCCACCCCAAACAGUUCUCCCCCACCAUGUCCCCCACCCUGUCCUCCAUCUCCCAGGGCGUCCCGUUGGACACCAGCCGCCUCCCUCCAUACCCGCUCAGCCAGCCGGGCCAGCAGAACCCGUCUCUGGGUCAGAACCACCAGAUGCUCCGCCUCCAGCAGCCCAGAACCAAUCAGCAGCAGUUGCACCUGCAGAACCUCCGGAACCAGCACCUGCAGCAGUUUGGACCAUCGCAGAGGCCCAUGGGACCGCAGCAGAAUCCGCCUGUCAAGUCGGAGAGCGCUUUGCACCCGUGCAGCCUGACGUCCUCCCAGUACCGGUCCAAACUGGACCAGAACCAGCAGGCGGAGCAGCAGCACAUCAACCUGAACACAGACUUCUACAACGACGCACUGUUCAGUUCGCUGCUGGACGAUCCGUACUUCAGCCUGCAGCUGUCUGGAAAAUCACACCAGCAGUUCCCAGCUGAGAGUCCGGUCGACGGCCUGAACUACAGCGGACCGGAUCAGAAUCAGUUCCCGUCCAACACCGCAGGGCCGCUGGAGCUGCAGGAGCCCGGCGACCCGCAGCGGCUCAACCACCAGAACCAGAACUACAGCGGCGGAGACGGCCGCCAGAACGUCCCCAACAUCAUCCUCACAGGGGACUCUCCCCCCGGUCUGUCCAAGGAGAUCGCCAGCGCUCUGUCCCACGUCCCCGGCUUCGAGAUGGACGCCUUCUCCCUGGACGAGCCGCUGCGCAUCGACCCGCUGGCGCUGGACCUGCUGGAGGGCGAGCUGAUGCUGGCCGACCCGGCAGUGGAGGACUCCUUCCGCUCCGACCGCCUCAAAUAACCGGACCGGACCGGACCGGGACGGACAUUCAUUCCUCCACAUGUAGUGCUUAGACUGAAGACCUGAGGUCAGAGGUCAGAGGUCACAAUAGACUUAUUUUACCUGGAAACUCUCUGGAUUCUGGUUCUGGUCCAUCUGAGCCCAACAUGCACUAGUGGAAAUGUAAAAAACCCAAACCAGCAGCGCUGUGAGGAUCUUUCUCACACGGAACCAGGAGCAGAACCAGGACCAGAACCAGGACCAGAACCGGUACCGCUCUGUCAGAUGCACACCGAUGCGGCUUGGUGAGUCACUCAGAGAGCCACUUCGGACCCGAUCCGAUCUGCCUGUAGAACUUUUCCUGCUUCAUAAUUGCAGAGGAGAUCCUGAACUGGACUCAGUGAGACCAGGAAACGGAACCGGAACCAGCUGGUCCAUAUGUCUGUGGUUCUGGACCCACUGGACCCAGAACUCCAGUUCGUUUCGUGUCAAACAUCAGCUCAGAGUUCAGAUUUUCUGAAGCGGUCUCUGGUCUCUGUUCCGACCGGAACCAGAAAAGCCCUGAAAUGAUUUUUACAGAAACAUUUAAAAUAGAUUUUUGCACUUUGAAGGAAAAAAGUAAAAAUAUUUUACAUUUUUAUAUUUUUAUUUCUGCCCGAAGUCUUUAAGCAGGACGUCUCCUGAUUGGUGGGACGAACCCUUUAGCCCCGCCCGCUCACUGUGAUGGACAGCGCUUAGCCACGCCCCCUGCCUGCUGCUGUGUCCGUUUUUCAGCCAUAUUUUUUCUGCAACAUGUAAAUAAGUGUGUAUUUUAUAAAGAUUUGAAGUGUGUACAAAGUUUCUAAUAUGAGAGUCUAAUAAACUCUGCAGUCGUGUUGUUCUGUCCGAGAAUCCGACACGGCCCGGUCCGAUUCCUGGUUCUGCUGUUCCACCAAAAAAUCAAAAAAUCUGAUUUCUCCUGUAAUAUUCCAGAAAGAUGGGCCAAGGUUCUGCUUAAAGGGUCCAGUCCAGCCAGGUCCAGAUUAAUUUGGAUCUUUUAGUGAUUUAUCAGAACCGUUCAGCUGCAAACAGGAAGUCGGUCCACCAUGUUCCUGUUUAUGAAACGCAGCUGGAGGGUUCUGAAGGCAGAACGGAUCAGUGACUGGUUCCGACUAACUGUCUGGAAUGUGGAAAACAUCCGGUUCAGAACUGCAGUGCUGCCCCCUGCAGGUCAGAGCGGGCUGCUGCAGCUCCUUCACACGGACGAGCGAACCGGAACCAAACCUGAGCCCAUUAAAAUUCGGUUGUUGAUCAGAACAAAGUGAAACGGUACCAGAAACCGCAGUUACUGUUGAGAGCUUAAACCCUUCUCAGAUCAGGACCAGCGUCUGGAGCCGCUCGAAGCGGGACGGGUUCCGGUCCGGUCCGGUCCGGUCCGAGACGGAGGACCGUCUUCAGUUAGACACUCAGAAAUGAACCGCAGUGAUUUGGGCACUUUAGCUCUAAAUUAACUAAAUGUAGAAACCGAAUAGUUAGCGCUUCGCUAACUAAAUAUUUAACUGGGCUAGUUAAUAAACAAAUGAGCGGAAGUGAACUAUCAAAUUAAAAGCUGGGCUUUCGGAACCUGCUGUAGAUCCAUCGGUAAACGUCUGUUUGACUUUAAAACGGCUCAUGUUUUUAUUUAAAAUGAAAUGUUCAAGAAAAGAAACUAAGAUGAAGAGGUUCUGAAAACUAAGCUUUUCU